UCGGGAAAAGUGAACAUGUCAGAAAUCUGCCUUUUCAUGCAGUGACACGCACACGCGCGCUAUGAUGCAUGGACGCGUGUAAACCUGUGUACACAAGGAUACGCAGAGGCAAGUCUUUGGCCAGGUACAACACUAAAGACUGAUCUAUUUAAGGCCUUCAGCGGAUUUGACUCAAAGCCUUACAGUGGGAUUGAUAACUCGCAUAGAAAUUUACAUACUUCAAAUUAGUACGAUAAAAAGACAAUCUGUCCAUUUAAGAGUAGUGUUCUUCAUCAUUAGUGAAAGCUUUUGUUAGCCGAGUAAAUUUAAGACGAUAUUGGGAUCCUUCUUUUUCCAUUUUUAUCUGGGAGUCGAAUGGCCUCUGUUGUUACAGUAAAGACAGAGAAGCGUCCUGCCCCGGAUUCUGAGGAUGGCGACACAGUGGCUAUGAAGGCCAGGAAGUUGUUGCCCAGUCUGAAGACCAAGCGUGCCCCUGAGCUGGUGCUGGUGAUUGGCACGGGGGUGAGCUCAGCCGUAGCUCCUCAGGUGCCUGCUUUACGCUCCUGGAAAGGUCUGAUCCAAGCACUGCUGGAUGCUGCCAAUGACUUUGAUUUGCUUGAGGAGGAAGAGAGCCGCCGCUUCCAGAAAAGUCUGCAGGAAGACAAGAACCUGGUGCACGUCGCUCAUGACCUCAUCCAGAAACUUUCACCACGAACGGGAAAUGUGCGCUCCACCUUUUUCAAAGACUGCCUCUACGAGGUGUUUGAUGACCUGGAGUGUAAGAUGGAGAACGCAGGGAAGCAUCUCCUCCGCUCAGUGCUGCAGUUAAUGGAAAGUGGAGCUCUGGUCCUCACCACCAACUUUGACAACCUUUUAGAGAUCUAUGCUGCCCACCAAGGGACCAAGCUGGAGUCUCUGGAUCUCACAGAUGAGAAGAAGGUUCUGGAGUGGGCUCAGGAGAAGAGAAGGCUGAGUGUACUCCAUAUACAUGGUGUUUACACCAACCCCAGUGGUAUCGUACUGCAUCCUGCCGGUUACCAGAAUGUUUUGAGGAACACAGAAGUCAUGAGAGAGAUCCAGAAACUCUAUGAAACCAAGUCGUUCGUGUUUCUGGGUUGUGGGAGGACGGUGGACGACACCACCUUCCAGGCGCUCUUUCUCGAGGCGGUCAAACACAAGUCCGACCUUGAACAUUUCAUGCUGGUGCGGCGAGAGGAUGUGGGCGAGUUUAAAAAGCUUCGUGAUAACAUGCUGGAUAAGGGCAUUAAGGUCAUCUCAUAUGGCAAUGAAUACGCUGACCUGCCGGAGUACUUUGAGCGGCUGGCCAAUGAGAUUUGCAACCGGGACACGGAUCGGGACAUGAUGACCAAUGGCUGGGGAUCUCCAAUCUCACAGGGUGAAGACAGCCAAAAUGGCUUUACAACCCAGAAAAACCUCCUGCAAGCUUACCCCAUAUGCACUGUGGCUUCCACCUGUGAUGAAUUCAUCCGAUGCUUCCUGUUGUAACAAGAUCUUCCUCUCUCCCUGUCCAGACUACCACUCGUGACACAAGUGGCAGUCUGAGAGCUUUUCAUCAGCUUCACCAUACAGUUCAGUUGCCCCCCUCUGCUCAGGUCUGGUAUGACUAGAUCUUCACCCACAACAUACUCGGUUCUCCUCUUAAACUGAGCACUGUUACUUGUCAUUGGAAAGGCAUAAAGAAAAACACCACCAAGCAAACUGUGAACUCCCUCAACUCCAAAACAUGUUUGUGAAGCGUGAGGGAGCAUGUUGUGGAUUUAUUUCAUUUAUUUUAUUUCAUUAUGUUGUGUUAAGUGAUGUGUGGACCAAGAAUGAUUUGCAGGACCGGUCUGAAAUUAUGAUAUUUCAGUUAGAAAUGAAAAGUUAUCAUUUACUCACCCUCAUGUUCCAAACCUGUAUGGCUUUAAUUAGUGAAUAAUGGCUUAAAUUUCAGUCUGUCCCUCACACCAAGCUGGCUUCAGAAGACUUGCAAUAUAGUGCACAAGUCAUAUGGACUACAUUUAGGGUGAUAUUUAUUUAUUUUUUGGUCAGUUUUCUGGAGCUUGACAGCCCACUAUGUGCUUUCAUUGUAUGGAAAAGAGAAGCGUGAACUUAACUUAUUUUGUGUUCCACAGAAGAAAAAAAGUCAUACAGGUUUGGAACAACGUAAUUGAGCAAAUGAUAAGUGAAUUUUCAUUUUUGGCUGAACUACACUUUCAAAAUUAGGUAUCAAAUGUGGCUUGUCAGUUGCCGUCGCAAAAUGGUUUAAAAGGAGGGUCAUUUUUACUGCUCCGGUAAAUGCACCUGUAAUAACUAAAUGGUCAUUAUCUGUCCUCUAAGAAGGAAGAAAUGCAAUAAACAUGCCACGUAAGUGUGACUGAGAUGUGAAUCAAAAGUCAUGUGAUUUCUCAGCCUGUAGCUAAAAGCAUCUCGGCUUCCCUGAAUCUACUUGAAUUUGUCACGGCAAUGAGAAUGAUGAUAAAAAUGCCAUUAUUCCCCUCAAGCUGCCAGUUAGUGAAAGACACAAAUUUCAAUACAUGUUAUUGCACUUUGAGAGUUAUAUCCCAUUUAUAGACCUUGGUGUCUCAUGUGCUAAACAAAAUAUGUAAACAGUUGUUUAUACACUUUUUGUAUUUUACUACAGUAGUCCACUGAUGUCAUCUCUGUCCAGAAAUGUCUUUAAGGUAUUUAUAUGCUAUUUUAAAAUAAAACAUCUGUUUGAUACCA